UUCCCGGCGUUAGGUAACGGCGCGACGCGAUGCGCUCGGCGACGGUCCCGCCCGGCCCGGCCGGGCGGGGCAGUGCGGCGCGGCGGGCCGGCGGCGACGCGUCCGGUGCGGGCUGGGGGCCGCGGGCGCCCGCCGCCGUCGAGCCCCGGGGGCGGCCCGGACCGAGGCCGGCAGGUAGCGGCGGGCGGCGAGGCGGGCCGGGACCGGGCAUGCCGGGACCCUCGCCCGGCGGCUCCCCGGAGCGGGAGGCGGGGGCCGGCGGGCGGCCGCGGGGCCCCGGUGGGGGCAGGCGGGUGCGGUUCCGCCUGCCCCACACCGCCAUCGCCGUGCCGUCGGUGCGCGAGGAGGAGCGGCUCUUCUACCGGCGGCUGGAGGCGCUGGCGGCCCCGGGCCCCGGCGGCUUCGGGCCGCUCUUCGCGGCCGACGGCUGGAGCGACCUGACGGAGGACCGGCUGCUGCGGAAGCGCGUGGUGCGGGACGGGCAGGGCGGGCCGCGACCGCGGCCGGGCCAGGAGGUGUCCGUGAAGGUGCUGGGCGCCCUGGAGGACGGCGGGCUGGUGGAGCGGGACCCGCGGCUCACCUUCGUGCCGGGACACGGCGACGUCGUGCAGGCCCUGGAGCUGGGCGUCCCCACCAUGCAGCCCGGGGAGGUCUCCUUCUUCCUCGCCGCUUUCCCCUACGGCUACGGCCGCCCGGGCAGGGAGCCCGACGUGCCGCCCGAGGCACCGCUGCUGUUCGAAGUGACGCUGCUGGAGGUGCGAGACGGCCCCGACCCGCAGCCGCUGCCGCCCGCCACCCGCCUGCGCCUGGGCUCGCAGCGGAGGGAGCGGGGCAACUUCCACUUCGCGCGGGGCGACUUCGCGGCGGCGCUGCGCUCCUACCGCCUGGCCCUGCGCGCCCUCGACGGCCCCGCCGCCGCCCCGCCCGGGCCGCAGGAAGAAGAGGAGCUGCGGGAGCAACGCGUCAAGUGCCUCAACAACUGCGCGGCCGCCGAGCUGAAGCUGGAGCGGGCGGGCGAGGCGCUGGCGGCCUGCGAGGCGGCACUGCGCAUCAGCCCGGACAACGGCCGGGCGCUGCUCCGGCGGGGGCAGCUGCUGGCGCAGCAGGGCCGGGACGCGGAGGCCGCGCUCGACCUGAGGAGAGCCCUGGAGCUGGACCCGGCCAGCAAGGUAAUCCACGCCGAGCUCUCGCGGCUGGUGAAGCGCCGGAGUCCCCCGGCCCGCGCCGACCCCCAGGAGCCCCGCCAGGACCCGACGCCGCCGCCGAGCCCCGGAGCCCCAGCACCGCCCGCGGCGGAAGGAGAGGCCUGAGCGGCGCCGCGGAGCCCGCCCGGAGGAGCCGCCGCCCCCCCGGGGAUGGAGAAGAGGCUGCGGGGCCGCCGGUGGCCCGGCCCGGGGGCCGCAGCGGCUCCGGGCGUCGGACCGAGGAGCGGGAAAGGCGCCCGCAGCGCCCCGCCCCCCGCACCGGCCGCCCCGCCCCCUGCCCCGCCCCUCCCCGUCCUGCCGCGCUGUCUCCCGUCCCGUCCCGUCCCGCCUCCGCGCCGCCCCGCCCCCCGCACGGCUCACGCCCCAGGCGUCAUGGCGGGGGGCGGUCCCGUCAUGUCCCGCCCCCCAACGCGUGGGCGCGGCUCUGGCGCCUGCGCCCCAGCUUCCGGCUUUUUCGCCCCCGCCGGCAGAAUGGCAGCCGUAGCCCGCGGCCAAUCAGGCGGGGCCUAGCCGGAGCGGCGCGCCAAUAGGAGGGCGGCAGGGGCGGGCUCGGCGCGGCGAUUGGUCGUGCCGCGCCCUUAAAGAGCGGGGGCGGGGCGGGGCGCGGGGGGGGUCAGUGCGGGACGUGGCGGCGGAGCGGAGGGCGGGAGGGAGCGGCGCCAUGACCCGCGGAACCAGCCAGCGAACUGGCGCGGCAGAAGAACCUGAAGAAGCAGAGCGACUCGGGCAAGGGCAAGCGGCGGGACGACGGGCUCUCGGCCGCCGCCCGCAAGCAGAGGGACUCGGAGAUCAUGCAGCAGAAGCAGAAGAAGGCGGACGAGAAGAAGGAGGGCGCCAAGUAGCCCGCGGCGCCGGGCCGCCACUGCCCCGGGGCCGGGCCGCCCGCCGGCAGGCAUGCCCAGCGCAGCCCCGGGGCCGGGCCGCCCCACCGGGGACCCCGGCAGCCCCCUGCGCCUGCCUCGGGUCCGUCUCCUAUUAAAGUAGCUUGUGGAGCCCUGCAA